AUAUAAAUCCUAUGUGUGCAAACCUCCCUCCCACCUUCCACUAAGGAGCCCAGCCCAAAUUUAUGAUUCCCUAACAAGAGCACGGUUUCAUUUCUGGAAACCCUAACAAUCCGUUGAAUGGUGUGCAUACGAAAGGCGACGAUAGAUGAUUUGCUUGCAAUGCAAGCAUGCAAUCUGCUAUGCUUACCGGAGAACUACCAGAUGAAGUACUAUUUUUACCACAUACUUUCGUGGCCGCAGCUUCUGUACGUUGCUGAAGAUUACAAUGGUAAGAUAGUGGGAUAUGUAUUAGCUAAAAUGGAAGAGGAACCCACAGAGUGCCACGGACACAUCACCUCCUUAGCUGUACUCAGAACUCACCGUAAACUUGGUAUAGCUACUAAGCUCAUGACCGCUGCUCAGAAUGCCACGGAACAGGUGUUUGGAGCAGAGUAUGUAUCUCUGCAUGUGAGGAAGAGUAACCGGGCUGCAUUUAAGCUGUAUACAGAGACAUUGGGAUACAAGAUUCAUGAUAUGGAAGCCAAGUACUAUGCAGAUGGGGAAGAUGCUUAUGAUAUGAGGAAGGAAUUGAAGGGGAAGAAGCACCACCAGCAUCAUCACCAUCAUCAUGGUGGUGGCUGUUGCUCUGGUGAGGCCAAGGUCGGAUCAAAGGAGGGAGCAGCAGAAGCAAAAGCAGCGUGAUUGUGAAUGUGAAGUUCGGGAUUAACAAAUUGUCCCGUGUCAAUUUGCUUACAAGAAAUACAAGUUACUAUUGUAUGUUUCCGAUGUGAAACAACUACACCUUGGAAGGUUGGAAGGUCGUACAAUUGAAGAUUUUGGUUUCUACGAUAUAGUUUUCACCCUUCAUAUUUAUUUUCUGGGGAAAUAUUGAAAUUCCAAAAGUUUCAAUCUUUGAUGACAUACGUUGCUACUGUUUUACCUUAUUUUUAGUAACUAGAUUAAAUAGUAAGUUGGAAUUUCCAUUUGUUGCAUUAUUAAUGAUCCUGAUCAACUGAAUAGUAAAAUAUACUGUAGCCAUCUAUAUUUUCUGAUGAGGAACUACUUGUAAGAUGA